AUGCCCCAGAUUGUGAUAUGGAAGCGUUACAAUGACUUCAAGCAGCUGUACAAGUCCAUGUCCAGUCUCCACAAGUCUCUGCACAGACGGGAGGAGUUUCCAUUGUUUGCUAAACCAAAACUGUUUGGACGGUUUGAUGCGGAUGUGAUUGAGGAGCGACGUACCAGUGCCCUUGAUCUACUCAACUUUAUCGGCCGUCAAUGUCACCUGUACCGUUCCAUGGUCUUCAGCAAGUUUUUAGAGGGAGGUACGGUAGUUGAAGGUCUCUCUGGGAAAGUGUUGAAGCCAUCCAGACUCGAUAUUCUCCAGGCCAGCCCUGCCCCAGUACCAGGGACUAUAGGAAACCAGACCAGCACACGUCCGGAGUCAGGCACACGUCCGGAGUCAGGCACCAGUGAAGCUGUUGACAGCAAAGCACAUGAGGAGACAGAUAAAACUGAGUUGCAGGGGGACAAUAACAAGGAGCCAUUACUUGAAGGUGUUUGGAACUUUCCUGCAGUUCCUGACAACAUCAGCUUAAAUUCCUAUGAUGAUGAUACAGAUGUGGACUCCACCCUGGGGACGCCCCUCCCUCAGUCUGAUCUUGCAUUCUUUGACCCCCUUGGGAAGGAUAAAGAGGAGGAUGGGGAGGAUGAGGGGUCAGGCCUCCGUACCAGCAAGAGCUGGAUCCAGGAGGCAGUCAACACUUGUAAUGAGAUGGACAUUGCCGAGACAUCAACUGGAGAUGACCAGAAUUUGACCACUGAUGGUCUUGACCACCAUACUGCUGGGCUGCAGUUUUCCAUUGAUUCACGUAGCGAACUCACCGACUCAACCAGUUCCAGCACUCUCUCUCAAUCAACUCAGUCCACCGUUCAAGAUGUCAGCGAAUUUGACCCCUUAUGUCAGAUGACCCCUAGGAAGGGAAGCAUCGGGUCAAAGGUCGUUGUGGGGAAAAGUGACCUUGACAUUUCACAGAUGACUGGUUUCACUUCUAGUAAUUCUGCAAGUAUAGAAUCUUCUUCAAGCAACAUGUCUACACCAAGAAAAACUUCGAAGAAACCAUCCAAGUUUAUUUCCUCCCAGGCUCGCCAGCGUUCAAUCACCAAGGAAAGCGUGUCAACAAUGGAUCUGGGUCACUCAGAUGAUUACAUCCACAUGGCUGCACGGCAGAUCUGUCUCGCUCAGGAGUAUGAAGCAAGCAGCCAGUUUGAGCUGGCGUUCGCUACAUACAAGAGUUGUGUGGGGAUACUAUUGCAGGGAGUGCAAGGUGACAGUAACAAGAGUCGUCGAGACGCAGUGCGCAGGAAGACGGCCCAGUACCUAAUGAAGGCUGAAGACCUUUAUAACAGACACCUGGCUAGCGAGGCAUCUGACGAACAGAGAUGGGCGAUGGACAGCACCCUGAGCCCCUCAACGGAGGUUGACCCCUCACUGACCUUUCUGCGGGCUCCGGCCAGCGAGUUGAAGAAGUUUAAAGUUCUGGGAACCAUUGACAAAGUCAUCCUGGUACUUGAUAGGGCAACAGAGGAGACUUAUGUCAUCAAGAGGCUGUAUAAAUCAGCAAAAGGGAACAGAAACCGUCGCAACGUUCUCCCCACCUCAUGUCCAUAUAUGGUGAACCUUCACAAGUUUUAUGAGACCAAGAGCACCAUCUACCUCCUGCUUCAGUACGCAAGUGGAGGCAAACUCUGGGACUACGUGGGGGCAUACCUACGGGCAGCUCAGGACCUCGCCCGGGAGGGUGGGCCUGGGGGUGGGGAGGGGACGCAUGGGCAGGAUUUUCAGAAUGUUUACACUGGGUUCAAGGUACAUCACUCUGAUAACAGGAGGGAAUCAUUUAUUAAGGAAAACGGUUCUGAUGGAAGUACAGUUACUUCCCCUACUUCUCCUUUAGAGAGUGAUAUUAAAAGUAUCUCCCCUGUUGAUGACAGUAGUGCAGUUGUUUCCCCUAUGGAUGGGAAUAGUGCAGUUACUUCCCCUAUUGAAACAAAAAGUGGGUUAGGAGAUCAGGUUGUGUUUAAUAAGGAGGGGGGUAAUGUGUAUUUAUCGGAGCCGUCUUCUGGAGCUAAACAAGACUUAAGUGUGAGUGAUUUUCAGCUCGAUCUUAAUGGCGGAAAAAUGGUUUUUAGUGACAUUUCUUCACCGGUGGUUGAGAAUGAUAACCAGAAUAGUGCAAUAGUGGGUGAUACUGAUGAUGAUGUUGAUGAAAAUAGUGUUCUUGAUUCAACUGAUGAUACAAAUAAAGUGCAAUAUCAAAGAUUUACAAGCUUUUCUUCAGAAGAAAACAUGGAUGAUGAUUUAGAUAAAUCCACAAGUUAUCCACCUCAAAUUGAACGUCAAAUUUCCUCUGGUGCACAAUUUCAAGACCUCUUAAACACAAACACAAAAAAAACACCUCUCGAAAACUUUAGCAUUAAUAGUUUUGAUAGUGGUGAUGGAUUUUUAAGAGUUGAUAGUAAUGUAUCAGACAAUAUAGAGGUCAUUCAAGAAGUCAAUGAAAAUGGCUGUGAUACGGAUGUUUUUAACUGUGAUUAUACAACAGACAAACCAGAUGCUCAAAAUGUGGCUCAGAACAAAAGUGAUGUAGAUAUAAACAAUGAUAUUGAACCAUAUUUUCUAGACAAUCAGGACACACAGAGCCAACCAUGGAAAGGUUUAGAUGAUAAAAGUGAUAGAAAUGAUAAAGCAGAUACUAGUACUAGUAGUAGUGACGAUGAAAUUAUAAAAAGCUCAAAAGCUUUGCUGAGAAAUGUAGAAAGGACGCUGUCUCAAAUAGAUUUUGAGGGAAAUGAGAAACCCGACCUAGAAAGUCUCGAAAAAGACAAAAUUCUUGAUAGUGAAACAAAGACAGAAGGUGAAACUGAGUCAGAAAUUGAAACUAAGACACAAACUGAGGAGCCUAGUAUCUAUGACUUCUAUCGCCAUAGCGACACAGACAGUCACUCAGAAACGCCAUCUGUUGACAAUAGUUUGCCAAUGCCUGAGCUAUCUAAUUUGAACAAUAACAGUGAUUUGGUUGUUAACAAUUUAUUACAAACCGACCAUAACUUUGGCAAUGGUUUUGACGAUAACGAUAAUGAAUCAUUAAACAGUUCUCACCAAAGCUCGCAAGAAAAGUCGCGCACAUCAUCAGAUAUUUCCACUCCUAGAAAACUGACUCUUCCACGAUUAAACUCCACGGAAUUAAGUAGAUCUGCUUCGACUGUGGAGGAGUCAAGUUCACCGAUGAAGGCUCGGCAAAGGACUAUAUCACACCUUUUUGAACAGCUUGAUAUAUCCGCUCAAAACCCGGAACAAGUCAAGAUUCCAGAGUCCUUCAUCUGUCGGUGGGCAGCUGAAAUCAUUGUAGCUCUAUCCAGACUGCAUGCCCUUGGAAUUAUUUGUAGGGACUUGAAGCCGGACAAUGUGUUGCUAGGCGACCAGGGCCAUGCGACCUUGACCUACUUCUGUCAGGUUAACCAGGUAGAUGAGGUCACAGACUUUGAUGCUGUCAGCAAUCUGUAUGUUGCUCCUGAGGUGCUGGGUAUUGGAGGUUACACAGAGACAUGUGAUUGGUGGAGCCUUGGAGUGCUGUUGUACGAGCUGCUUGUUGGAAGGAGCCUGUUAUCCUGUCACCCUGGGGGCAUCACAUCCCACACGCAGCUGUUUAUACCUGACCACCUCACACAAGAAGCCAGGUCUCUUCUGCAGCAGUUACUCGUAUACAGCCCACGCGAACGUCUUGGGGCAGGGCUACAUGGGGUGGAGGAAAUCAAGGUUCACCCAUUCUUCCACGGAACAGACUGGAACGGCAUAGAAUUGUGAACCAGUCUUAGUGUAUCGAAAUGUGACUAGAAAAUGUGACGCAGUGAACCAGUCUAGAACACUUAGAAAUAUAAACCAGACUCAUGGACUGAGCUGUUAACCAAUCCAGGAGGGUUAGAAGAAAUGUUCAGCAUGCCUGAAUUGAGAUUAACUCUUUAAAUAAGAAGCCACUAAAUAACGUUCCAAUAGCCGCAAAUGCUCAUUCUGUAAUAUUGACAGGCUAUUGCCAAGCUGACAGAGCGGCAAUUGACCAUCAAAACCAAUCAUAGCCGAAAUAUUCAGCUCUUGAAUAAUCGAUAAUUGGAUCGAGUACCAAAUUUCAGAAAAAUUCACACCACAAUUUACCAAUAUUUUUUCUUACCCCAUCCACUAUAAUCAUACUAUAUAUAUAACCUUUAAAAUGGUUAACAACCACGCGAAAUCUUUACAUGAAACUUUUUUAACUCAAGGCUUCGUCACUUGUAAAAUAUAUGUUUUCCUAUGACAUUCGUUAAAUUUAAACAAAAACACUAUUAUCAGAAAAUAUCCUCUAAAUAUAUAUUAAUCAACAACACAUAGAGUUAAAUUUUACAAUAUAAUUGAUGCUCAGUAUGCUGUUGCGUGUCUUAUUUUGUGUACAAUAAGUUAGGCUAUUUAACAGUCAAACCUGGUAAGAGGGUCACCUGUAUUAAGCGAUCACCUGUAUUACCCGGCCACUCCAAAUUCUUCCCCUACGUUUUUACUAUAUAAAGUAUAUAUGCAAUAAGCGGCCAAGUGUCUAACGCGGCCGCGGUCACUCAUCUGUCAUCCCUUAAAGCCAUUUUGGCACUAAUUAACUGCAAUAACUGUCCUUGUGCAUUCGAAUUAAAAUGAAAAAAUAGCGUGAAAUUGUCUUGAGGUUUAAAAUUUCAUAGUCAUUGCUGUAACACUGUUUUGUCCUUGCUACGAGGGUUGUCCGGAAAGUUUUGAGACUAUGUCUAUAUUUCAAAACGUUUUUGAUAUAAAUCAACAAACACUAAGCAGCUAAGUGUAUAUAGACUAUUCAUGAGUUUCCUUUCGAAAAAUAACAUUCUUUCCUACAAAUACCACUUGGAAUAUAAUAUUUAGGCAAGAUAAAAAAGCAAUCUUGAAGAACAUAUGUCGAAUAUUUAAAUAAAGCUAUCCAAAUGAUUCCUUGGUCUUAUACAAUUGAUGAAAAAAUAAUUUCUUGUAC